AGCAGGCAUGACGGAGAGGUGGUGAGAGCUCUGAUCCAUCAGGUCAGUGUGUGGUAUCCAGCGCAGAGCAGGGAAACACAGUUUGUUGUAAUAGUUCCUCUCUGGAUACUUGCUGAGCUGCAUUUCUCUCCGGGACGAUGUGCUGCGUUGCUCCCGUGAGGAGGAUAGUGACUGACAAAGUGGACUGCAGUGAGGAUGUGAACACGAGCUCUGUGACAGAGGAGAUCUUCACAUCAUCGCAUCAGGAUCAACGGACCAACAAGCCCCUCUCAUUCCUUCCUCCUCUUCCUCGUCUUCAUUCACCCCUACCCUCACCGGUCUCCCCGCCAUCAGAUGAGGCCUACUUGCAAGCAGCGGCCAUUUUCCAACAGCUGCGGACAGAGAAGACACAGCAGCCUGGACACUAUGGGAGGAAGACAGACGCGCCGCAGCCAGAGAGCAAAGACAAAACCACCCAGAGACAGGCCUACCAACUCGCCUUCAACACACUCAAGUACCAAGAUUUACUGGAGGACAUUAUCGCUGACAGCUGCUUCCACACGUCUCAGAAUAUUUCUCGCGAUUUGUUGCCCUUGGCGAUGGUGAUGCUGUUUGACUUCCAGGACCGAAGGUUUCUUGUGCGUGAACGUUCAUCGAAGGAUGAAGACGAGCCUCUGCAGGAAGUCAGAGUCCUGGAGAGCAGUCUGCUCAGGUGUAAGACCAAGCUGGCAGCAUCUCUCGCUCGCUGCAGAGUGAAACAUCAUCUGCAUAGUGUCUCCUGUUUCCUGUCCGAUCCAGUCAGGGCCAAACAGCACAGGGCGAAACAUCUGCCGCUUUACGGCUGGGUCAACACACUCAAGACCAGUGUUGAGGAAGUGUGUGAAGCGUUACGAAGCGCCGGCUUGCGUGAAGUGAAGAACAUCGCUGACCUCAGAGGCCCGACGUUCUGCAGCGACCCUCUCUGUCCGGACACACUGGUCUUCACCCAACAGCUCCACGCUCUGCUCCAGCAACACCUCACAGCAUCACAUGCACUCAACAUGCAGGACAGGAGCGUGUGUGUGGCGGUGAGUGUGUUACGCCCCCUGCUGUUUGAGAAUGGUGACGUCCUGGCGGUGGGGUCUUUCUCGGCCGUGACGGUGGCCCACAUGGCCGUCGCGGCCGCCGCCCGCUCCGGUCGAGUGUUGGUGUGCGGCGCUGAUCACGCACCUUCACACGUCGAGGAGAUGCAAGAGCUGCUCACACAAAUGGACCUGAAGAAUGUGCGAGUCCUGUCAGAAGCGUUCUGCGGUCUGGAUGAGUGGGACGCCGCUGUCCAGAAGCUGAAGGUCAUCAUAGUGCUGCCUCAGUGUUCGUCCUCCGCCCUCAGUGACCCUGUGCCCACCAUCCACAGUGAACAUGGAGACUGGGAUCUGCUGCCGGACCUGUCUCAGGGUCCUGUGUCCAAAAGCAAGAUACACACAAUGGCCGCCCAGCAGGCACGACUGCUGUCACACGCUCUCUCCUUCCCAAAGGUUCAAACUGUGGUCUACUGCACACGCUCAGUGUAUCCUGAGGAAAAUGAACAGCUGGUGAAAAGAGUGUUAGAAAAAACACACACUCACCCCAAACUGCUGCCCCUCAGGGUGAACGGUCCGAUUUUCCCUGAUGACUCCCAGUCAGGAGACGCGGCAGCAGACUCCAAGUUCCUCAGACUCGAACAAUCUCAGUUCACCAACGGCUGCUUUGCCGCGCGGCUGUCUCGCCAGGCGGAUCCCACGAAGGUGGAAACAGUCCAGGAUGUCCUGGCAAGGGCAGCAGCAAAGGGCCUCCUGGGUGGAGUAAUAUCCGAACAACCGAAAAAUGUUAAGAAGGGGAAAGGCAACAAGAAUCGUGUCGCUUCGGCCAGCAGCAGGCCUUCGUCCCCCUCAAGCCAGGAGAGGCAAGAUCCAGCCGCAGAAUGUGAGGGCAAGAACGGUGAGUGUGAUGUGGAGGCAAAGGAGGGAGGAAAGAAGAAGAAAGGGAGUAGACGAAAGGUCAAACAACAACCAAAACAGUCCAACAGGGCGGCCGCAGCCUCGAAGCCUCAGAAGAAGAAACCAACGAAGAGGCGAGUCAAGACGAAACCGAGAAGAAUACCUCGUCUUACACUGUCGUUGAUGUCCUCUGCAAAACCCUCCAACCGCUUGUCUCCGAUCACAGCCCUUGCACACAAGCUCAGUGACAGCACAUCGAUUAAAUCGCAGCAGACCGUCCUCAGCACCCGUGCCCCUGCCAGUCCUGCUCCACCGGCUCCACAUGCAGCCUCCAAGCAGGUGAAGAGACAGAACACAGAGCCUGAGAGAGCAGAGAGGACACUGAGGAAUGCAACUAAACCUGAAAGCCAGUUUAAGACCCAGUCGAAGGCGGUCAGAGCGAAGACAGAGGUGGUGACACAGAACGGGUCGAAGACCGCAGAUUCCGUCCUGCCACCCAUUUCCUUCCCAUCGCCCAGAUCUCGCAGCAGCAGGAGUGGCAGUUCUCACUCCCAGUGUCUGUCCCAGGCGUCCAGCUCUCACCUCACCCAAUUAUCUGCAUCGUGCGCAUCAACAAUCUCUCUGCCUGGAUUAUAGAAACAUUGAGUUUGCCGAUGUGGUGAAUUCAACACCAAUAUCAUGAAUGAAGGGGCUCGCAAGUAGAUUGUUUUUAAGAAUGAAGGCGUUGUAAGUUACACAUGGAGAAGUGUGAUUUAACUUAAAUCAUCAGCUGAAUACUGUGUACCAGAAUGUAUUUUUUGCUCUACAUUCCAAGAUGGGAACUGAUAAAAGUAUUUAAGUUAAAUAUGAGAAAUAAAAAUAUGUGACAAAUGAAUUCUUCAUCACCAGUCUUGUGAUGCAAGGUGUGACUUCACUAUACACUGUAAGGAAUGCACAUACACAAUAGUCAGUCAAAGGAAAGCUGGAUCGUUUGAAUGAAUAAGUUAUGGCCUUUUCAAAAUAAGAGAUGUCAGAAUAGCUAUUCGAUGACAUUGUGA